GGAGGCUUUGAUCAGCAUUGACUAUCACUAACAACAUCUGGCAAUUUGUCACGUGAAAGAAACAAUUUCUCCUUCAAUUACAAGUGAUACGUUUUUGAUAGUUUUAAAAUUCAUAUUUUAAUUAUACAAAUAUAAUGAAUUUGUGAUUUUCAUAAUUCAUUGCAAAACAGUGUAGUAAAAAUAAAACAAAAUUUUUUUAAUUAUUCAUGACAAAUCGUUAUCAUUUAGUAAGAUCUGGCAAAAUGUUUACAAAAAGAAAAAUCGACCCAGAACUGGAGAAGCUGAGGAAUGAAGUACAAGGACCACCAAAUUUAGAUAUUAUCAUUUUGAAUAUCCAGAAAAUAUCAUCACGUAUUCAUGCUGGAUAUUUAUUCGAACAUGUUGGCAAAGCUACACUGCAGAAGCUAUGUUUGUUGCUGAGCUCAACAGCAGCAGGGAAAAUGUACGAUGGCUGGCAAGAGUUUGCAGCAUACAUGGGUUUAACAAUGGAGCAGAUACGUUGCAUAGAUUAUGACUUUAAGGGUCUUCAAGAUCCAACAUAUUACGUGCUUCUGACUUAUAUACAAUCUCCAGAAGCAACAAUGGACAAAAUUUUUAGUGCUUUGCAAAAGAUGCAACGAUUUGAUAUAAUAAAUCAAAUUAAGGAUUAUGUGUGUGAUCUAAUCAAUGUUCUAUCACAAUGUGCCACGAAUGAAGGAUUUGAAAUAAUUCAACCUGGGUAUCUACCAAAAGCACCAUUAGUUCUAAGUCCUAUUUUAACUAGAGAAUGCAAAUCCGGAAUGAAACAAAAUGAAUUAAAAUGCACACCAUAUGAUAUUCAACAGAAGAAUACUAAACAAAGAUAUGGCUGCAUAGUUAUGCUAACUUUUGCGGACGAUGGUUUACCAACUGCGGAAUGUAUUACAAAAAUAUUUAGAUCCAAGCAACCCCGAAUCGGCGUGCUUAUAUUGCAAGAGCAAGAAAAAGGCGUCUACAGUCGAGCUGAAGAAUUUAUAGACGAUUGCUUUAAACAGGUCGAUUAUAUUAUACCAAUAUUAACAAGAGGAUACAUUGAAAGAAUAAAUAAUAUUGCAAAGAUACAUGAGAUAUAUAAUAAUUUAGAUGAGAAAUACUUGAAAUAUAUAUAUUCUUUGUUGAGAUAUGAAUACGUGAAAAAUCAAUGCUGCAACAAUCGUGUAAGAUGUAUCGUGCCAGAUAAGGAUGUUUGUACGGUUGUCCGCGCAAAUCUACAUCCCACGUUACAAGCAUGGUUUCGAGAAAGUGAUAUCGACGCUUUUGUUAAUAAUAUUCUCUUUCAUAAAUUUUAAUGAAUAUUCUCUUUCAUAAAUUUUAAUGAAUAUUCUAGAUAAAGAAAUUUUAGGCUCUAUAAUGUAUUAAACAACUUCGUACACGAGAACAUCAAACCCGAGAAAAUCAUACCCGAGAAAUCUUAAUCGCUCUUUUCUUCGGUAUGAUUUUCUCGGGUUUGAUGUUCUCGUGUACGAGGUUGUUUAAUGAAUAUUCUUUUUCAUAAAUUUUUGUGAAUCGAUAUAAAUUAAAAUAAAUUUCGCAUGACUCAAAGAUAUAAAUUUAAAAAAUAUAAUAAAAAAAAUGGGCUAACAUUAAAGUCAAACAGCGAAUGUAAAGAUGUAAAUAAGUGUGAGUGUGUAUUAACUGUGCUAAAUAAUAUUGUAUUAAAAUCG